AUGGAGCAGACAUAUGAUCGACACAACAAGAAAUUGUUAUCGCUCAUUUCAGUUCAACAACCCAGGGCAAAACAAAUGACCAGCAAUGACAGGAGGAAUGAUAAUAAACCAAGACAAACAGCCAUUCAUAAUCAACUGAAUAUAGUUAAAAACAUAUCAACAAAGGAACUUUCAACGGAGGAACUGCAAUUAUUAAAUAAAGGUCUCAAUUUUUCUUUGAAACCCCUAAAAACACCGAUCAUUGACAUCAUCGCGGACGUAGAAACAACCAUCAAAAGGGCUCCAGAAAGUGUAAAGCACCAGAUCAGGAGAAACGUUUUACCCAUCCUACGACCAGAGGAAAAAGAAAUCAACCAUCAUAUAACUCAUCACAAAGCUGUAAAAUCGCUUACGGAAAAAGGAGUCACAAUCACCAAGGCAGAUAAAGGUAAUGCUGUUGUUGUUUUAGAUAAAGAAGAUUACAUUCGACGGAUGGAAAAACUAUUACGGGAAGGACCAUAUGAACGUGUCGAGAAGGAUCCACUCCAAAAGAAUAUCAAAGAGGUAAAAGAGGUGAUCAAACAAUGUCAGGUGCUGAUUGGAAGCAGAGAUCGUUUGAAGUUACAAUCAUCAAACCCACUAACUUCUAGAUUGUACGGAUUGCCGAAAAUUCACAAGGAAGGAGAUGGUAUGCGGCCCAUUGUAUCCGGGAUCAACUCACCAACAUACAAGAUCGCGAAAUGGCUUGUGUCAGAAUUUAAUAAAUUCAACAAGCCGACAGGUGAUAGUGUCUUGAAUUCUAUGGAACUCAUAGAAAAACUUAAGGGUGUAAAUUUAGUAGAUGGGGAUAAGUUUGUAUCUUUUGACGUAACGGCCCUUUUUCCUAGUGUGCCAAUUAAUAAAGCGUUGGACCACCUGGAGGAAUGGUUGACGGAGAACAAUGUGCCUGAACUGGAAAGAGGAGAAUAUCUCCAAUUAACCAGAUUAUGCAUGGAACAAACUUAUUUCCAAUUUAAUGAAAAAUUUUAUAAGCAGGUACAUGGAACCAGUAUGGGCAACCCAUUGAGCCCUUUUUUAGCAAACAUAUUCAUGUCAAGAUUGGAAAGGAAUUUAAAACAAGCAGCGGAGUAUUUCCCACAACAUUGGUAUCGUUAUGUAGAUGACAUAUUUACAAUUAUAGAUACUAAGAAAACGAGCGUACACGAUUUUUUGGAAUUUUUGAAUAAAGCGGAACCCAGCAUCAAGUUCACCGUUGAAGAGGAGCAGGAUGAAAAAUUACCAUUUCUGGAUCUCGAAAUAUCCAGAGAUAGCGAUAAGUUGGCGUUCAACAUUUACAGGAAACCGACAAAUGUAGAUAGGUUUAUUCCAAAGGACUCCUUUUCUCAUUGGAGCCACAAAAUGGCCGCUUUUAAUUUUCUUGUUCACAGGUUAACAACAUACCCAUUAUCAACAACAAACUAUAAGAAGGAAUUGGAUUACAUAAAAAAUGUGGCGGUACUCAACGGAUAUUCAACCAACGUAAUUGACCAAUUAUUGAAAAAGGCGAAAUGGCGGAAGUCCCUUAAAGAAACAACAACAUUGUCAACGGAAGAACCAGUCCUAAGAACAUCAUUGACCUUUUAUGGCAAAAAAAACCAGCCAAGUAUCGGAGGCCAUGCAAAAAUAUAA